CUUCUUGUAAGAGAAAUCGAUCCAGAGACCGAGGGAGAGCGAAAAUGAUUCGAACGGCUUUAUUGUUCGCUGCUUUGCUCGUCGGAACAAGCGUACAAGCGCAGCAACUACUACCUCCGUCGAGACGCGAUGGAUUCGUGUAUCCACCGGGUCGCAAGAUCGAACCGGAUACGAUACUUAUCGAAGCGUAUUUUGACCCGGUUUGCCCCGAUUGCGGAGACGCUUGGGAACCGCUAAAGCUAGCGGUUGAUCACUACGGAUCUCGCGUUGCUCUUGUUCUUCACCUCAUGCCGUUGCCGUUCCAUGACAAUGCGUUUGUAGUAUCUCGGGCGUUACACAUUGUGGAUACCAUAAACGCCAAUGCCACGUUCAGUUUUCUGGAAGGGAUCUUCAAGCACCAGGCGUUGUUCUACAACUCGCAAACACAAUACAUGCCAAGACCCGCUGUUGUGGACAAAUUAGUCAAACUGGGGACAGUUACAUUAGGUAGCUCAUUUCAUUACCCUCUUAAAUCUGGCUUCCGCAACUCAAAAUCUGAUCUUGCCACUAGGGUUUCCUUCAAGUAUAGCGUUUCAAGAGGAGUUUCCGCAACACCAACCUUCUAUGUGAAUGGGUUCGGGCUCCCCGAUGCUGGUUCUCCCAUAGAUUUUGAAGGAUGGAAAAACACCAUUGAUCCUCUGGUUAAACCACGAGAAGCAAAGAUACAGGACACCUUCCUUUCAUUCCUAACGCAGCCAUCUUACUAGUAGUACUUUUUAUGCUGCCUCAAACUCACACAUUAUGUACUAGACAUAUUUAAUUCUCCACAGUUUGUCUGUAAAGAAAUAAUCUGAACGGCACAGAAGCAUACAAUCAUGCAUGUUCACAAUUUUCAGUAUCUUAUAUGCAUUUUAAUAUUUGACCAAAGUUUUAACAUAUGGUAUUUAGUUAUCAAUUUUUUUUAUAAAAAAAACAUUAAUUAUGCUUACUAAAAUAGUUAAUCAAUUGUUUAGGCUUAAAAUGCAAUGGUUGAUAGAUUUAUCCUUGUUUUCGUUUCCAAACCUACCAUUAUAGAAUGAAAGUCGCUUAUACAGUAGAUAGAGAUGAUGACAUUUGAUUAUGAUACGGAGAACGGAGAUUUUUCCUUCUUCUUUUUUGCCAUUACAAGUAAGAUGUGGGUUUUGUCAAUCACUUUAUUUAUAUCUUGUAUGAAAAAGUCCAAAAGUCCAUUUAUAGACUUCUUUAGCCCACAGACACCAUUUGUUGACCAUUUCCUGCUUCUUUUUGUCUAGUUGGAUAAUCUUUCCAGGACUGAGGAAAAUCAUGUCCUAUCAUACACUUCACCACGAAUGCUGAGCUUGACCAUUUUAACUAACCGGCGGACGGGUACAAGAACAGGUGCUAGUAAACCGAAAAAGUUGCAGGAAUACGAUUUGAGAUAUUCGUUUGUUAAUUGGUUUAUUAUUUAUAGCAUAAAGAGACAAUGAUUUGAUGAAUAAAAUAACAUUAAACAAAACAAGUAGCCAUUAAUUUCCGUAAAGGGAAUUUAAGCAAAUUAAAAAGUUCGUGUGUUAAUAAUACUAUGAUGCUCAAUUUCACAAUAAAUCAAAACUGAGGAAAAUUAUGUCCUAUCCGCGGUUCGGUUCGAACCGGUUAAAAGUAAAAUUUUGCAAACCGGGAAUCAAUUAGGGCAGUUCACUGGUGCGUGCGGCUGUUAUAUAUGAGAGGGCGCCUUGUACAAAACCGCUCUAAUUCCUUACUUAUCCGAAUCUACUAGGGUUUCCAAGGAUCUAACCCCAACAGUCACACAAGAUGGACAUGUAUGAGCGCGUUGCGAAGCCGAAGGAUGAGACUCCGAUUGCUGAGAACGAGAUUCGCAUCACCAGUACCGGUAGGGCGCGAAACUGCAUCACCUAUGCCAUGGCUCUUCUUCAGG